AUGCCCAACCUCGGUCGCGUCUCUCCCCGUCCUCGAUCGAUACAUAGCACAAACAUCACGCUCUUGAACGCCAUUCAUACCUCAUACCUCCAUUCAAAACCCUAUCAACUCGAUGCUAGAACUAGUGUUGUUGCCAACGCUUGGCAUACCUCGAGCCAAGCUACGCCGAUCGUCGACACCGUGCUAGGCGAGAAAGUAUGGGAACAUGCUCGACGUCGGCUUGAGAACAAUUGUGUUCUGUUGCAGUCUCUUCACCCUUCGACUCCCUCACUAUUCAUCCCAUUUCUCGACACACUGCCCUUCGUCGUUCCGUCCUCGAUUCUUACAUCACUUCGCGCCCUGCAACCAUUUCUUCACUGUGUCACACCCCACAACCCGUCAACUUCACGAUAUGCCGCACUCGCCCUGGCUCUGGAUGUGAGCUUGGAAGGGCGAGUGUCAAAUGCUUCCCUAUCGAUGCCAGCCGACGGGAUUGAUAUCGCCAGUGGUCUCUUGGGAAUUGCCCCGGAAUUCGGUUAUCGUGCCUUUGAUGUCUUUUACUACCUCCUUACAUCCAUAUCGACGCAAGCGGAGAGAGAAUUUCUGAGUCUAAAACCGGCAUCAGAAUACUCUAUCCUGGCUGCAUCUGGAACGUACCAACCACCUUCACACCUUGCUGCAGCCGAUGAUGGCGCAGCGGCAGACGACUUCCGGCAGGCAAUCAGACAGAUUGGCAUCAAAGGUUCUACCCACCGAAAGCUCAUUGCAACCCUCGCGGGUCUGCUCACACUCGGAAACACGCUCGACCUGAAUGCCCCUGACAAUUAUUGUUUGCAUCGACAGCCUGCCGACGAUUAA